AUGGGAAUAUGUCAAAGUCAAGAAGAAAAAACAAUGAUGGCAAAAAGUAAAGCAAUUGAUCAAGAAAUGAUGCAAGGUCAUGUUGCUCAACAAAAAGUUGUAAAAUUAUUACUUUUAGGGGCUGGUGAAUGUGGAAAAAGUACUGUACUUAAGCAAAUGAGACUAUUACAUACUCCUGGAUUUACUGAUGAAGAAAUGAUGCAACAAAAAACGAUUAUUUACAAUAAUAUUGUACAAGCUAUGGUAUCCAUACUUAAAGGCAUGAAAUCACUUAACAUACCAUUUGAGAAUCCAGAAAGAGAAGCAGAUGCAUCUUUAGUGAUGGAUCUAGCAAAGGGAAGUAAUGAACCAGAACCUUUGACCCCUGAACUUACUAUUGCUAUAAAAAAUUUAUGGGCUGAUAAAGGAGUGUGCAAAGAUGCAUAUGAACGUGGAAAUGAAUUUCAGAUGGUGGAAUCUUCGGCCUAUCGAAUUAAAACUACGGGAAUUGUGGAAGUGAAGUUUAAAAUGAAAAAUGUUGAUUUUAGAGUAUUUGACGUUGGUGGACAGCGCUCUGAACGUAAAAAGUGGAUUCAUUGCUUCGAAGAUGUAAAUGCUAUAAUAUUUAUCGCAGCAAUCAGUCAGUACGAUCAAGUACUUUUUGAAGAUGAAACUACGAAUCGUAUGGUAGAAAGUAUGAGGUUAUUUGAAUCAAUAUGCAAUAGUCGUUGGUUUAUUAAUACAUCAAUAAUUUUAUUUCUUAAUAAAAAAGAUUUAUUUGCCGAGAAGAUUAAACGAGUUUCAAUUAAGACAGCCUUUCCAGAAUAUAAUGGCCCACAAACAUAUGAUGAUUCAGUAAGGUACAUUGAAGAACAAUUUGAAGCAUUAAAUACAAAUCCUGAAAAAACAAUAUAUAUUCAUCAAACAUGCGCAACUGAUACAAAUCAGGUGCAGAUAAUCUUAGAUAGCGUUAUCGAUAUGAUUAUUCAGGCUAAUUUGCAAGGAUGUGGAUUGUAUUAA